AUGUUGGUGGUGUUCCAGGUCCUCUAUGUUAACGCCUUCUACAUCAACUCGCACAGUAAAAGCUCAAUCGACGUGAGUUCAGUUUAAAGACUCAUUUUAGCCUAUAUAUACCUUGAUUUGGUCAAGAAAGUUAUAAAUUUGGUUAAAAUUCUUGUGUAAAAACGAUUCUACACAAUUUUUGACCUGAAGCUUAUAAAUUUAAAAAAUAUUAUGAAUGCCAUGGUGAAUAUAAUGCGAAAGUUGAAUAUACAUUUUAAAAUAAUGCAAACUCACGAUUAAUUUAUUCAAAUUUUCAGCAAAAGAGCCUACCGUUCAAGAUGAUGUUCCCACCUCAGAAGAUGGAACAUAAACUGACACCUCAACUGCUUCUGGCCAAUCAGAUGGACGUGAAGAACGCUGUCUACAAUUAUAUGCAUAGAAAGUAAGAAUUAUCUUUUUUUUGCAAAGAAAUACGUUUUUUAUUAUUUAAAAGUAACAAAACACCAAUUUACGAAAGUUUAAUAGCCUGCAGCAAAAUAAGGAACUGCAGCCUGCGUUCUUGGUGGGCGCAGCUUGGCACCGAACAAUAUUUUGUAAUUUAUUUUUUGUGUUUUUCAGUAAAUGGCAGAUGUUAUAGUAAAGUAGCCAUACGUUUAACAUUAAUUAUUCUUAAAGAGCUUCACAUGUUAUAACAACAUAAUUUAAGUUUUGUCCCAAUGAUGGGUCCAAACACGGCUCGUCAGUUCCGCCAACGACUUCCCUUCGAUGAUCCUUACGCCAAGAAGUCGUAUGACGAUUAG